AUCAAAAACAUUAGAUGGCAGGCAUAGGUGGGAACAGUUUUGAAGGGAGGCGUAACCACACACGUGGGAUAUAACAAUGAGCAAUCCAAUUUGGAGAUGAGGAUCGUUAUUUUCUUUAUGUUUAUAGAAGCGUAAACCACGUCGCCGAUAAAGUCCCUUUCACUCAAGAUUCUAUUCUUCUCAAGCCAUGGGGAGCCUAGAGAGAGACCAUGAACAUGCCAAUAAUCUCACCCAAUCCCUCUUACCUAAAGACCUUCCGAUUCAAUCUCAAGAUGAACAACCCUUUCGCAACAAGCUCUGGGUUGAAACCAAAAAGCUAUGGCUCAUUGUCGGCCCCUCUAUCUUCAGCCGCAUCGCUGCAUUCACCAUGAACGUCGUAACCCAAGCCUUCGCCGGUCACCUCGGUGAAGUUCAACUCGCUUCCAUCUCUAUUGCUAACACCGUCAUCGUUGGCUUCAAUUUCGGCCUUCUAUUGGGGAUGGCGAGCGCGUUGGAGACACUGUGCGGGCAAGCGUUUGGGGCGAAGAGAUACCACAUGAUGGGUAUAUACAUGCAGAGGUCAUGGAUUGUUCUGUUCAUGUGCUGUUUCUUGUUGUUGCCGUUUUACGUCUUCGCCACCCCGCUUCUGAAAUUCCUUGGCCAACCAGAUGACGUGGCAGAGUGGAGUGGGGUUGUGGCAGUUUGGCUCAUUCCUCUGCACUUCAGUUUCGCUUUUCAAUUCCCUCUGCAGAGGUUUCUUCAGUGCCAGCUCAAAACCGCUGUUAUUGCUUGGGUUUCGUUGCUGGGCUUGGUGGUUAAUGUUGUCACCAGCUGGCUCUUGAUGUAUGUGUGGGAUUUUGGACUUUAUGGUGCGGCUAUUGCUUUGGACCUUUCGUGGUGGGUUUUGGUGUUUGGUAUGUAUGCUUACACUGCCUAUGGUGGAUGCCCUUUAACUUGGACUGGUUUUUCCAUGGAAGCAUUUUCUGGACUCUGGGAGUUCCUCAAACUCUCUGCUGCUUCUGGGGUCAUGUUAUGCUUAGAAAACUGGUACUACAGGAUAUUGGUACUCAUGACAGGCCAGUUGGAGAAUGCCACUAUUGCUGUCGAUGCAUUGUCAGUGUGUAUGACAAUAAACGGAUGGGAGAUGAUGAUUCCUCUGGCAUUCUUCGCCGGUGUUGGGGUAAGGGUGGCAAAUGAGCUAGGAGCAGGCAACGGGAAAGCAGCAAAAUUUGCAACUCAAGUAUCAGUGGUACAAUCAACAGUGAUCGGGCUCAUCUUCUGCGCUCUCAUAAUGAUAUUCCAUGACCAGUUUGCAUACAUAUUCACCACCAGUACUUCUGUACUUGAAGCUGUUGACGAUAUGGCAUUACUGCUAGCGGUCACCAUUCUUCUCAACAGUGUUCAACCCAUUUUGUCAGGAGUGGCUGUUGGUUCGGGAUGGCAAGCAUUCGUAGCAUAUAUUAACAUAGGAUGCUACUACGUUAUCGGGCUCCCACUCGGAAUUCUCAUGGGAUGGGUCUUCAAAAGUGGUGUCACUGGCAUCUGGGGGGGCAUGAUCUUUGGUGGAACCGCCAUCCAAACGCUGAUACUGAUCAUAGUAACUGCGCGAUGUAACUGGGAAAAGGAGGCCGAGAAAGCUUACUCUCGUGUCAAUAAAUGGUCAAAAUCUAACUCCAAUGGACAAGUGGAGACCUCCAAUUAAUAUUCGAUUUGGCCAAUGCAAUUUGCCCGUUCACCAGUCUGGGGUCUGUUGCUGGUGUUUUGCAUGUAUGUAUUAUUCUUUAAAUUCACCCAAAUUGUUAAUCAUAUUAGCCCUGCUUAGAAAUUCUUUAGUAUAGAUAUGUUACCAUAUAUACUUGUGUAGUAAUUUAAACCCUGCAUGGAAAUUUAUUAUGUACAAUUUAAACAUAUCCGAUGAAUUGAAGUUAAUUUUUGUUAUAAAAAGCGUGAUUGACCGAUCUCAUCAUUAAAU